AUGGGAGUUGUUACUACGAUAUCAGGCUUGUUGUCUCAAAUCGACCUUUUGACGUUUGUAUGUGCAAUUGCUGCAUACACAUUCAGUUUAGUCGUGUACAGACUCUAUUUCAGUCCUCUAGCUGGCUUCCCAGGCCCCAAGCUGACAGCAGCGACUGAAUGGUACGUGAUAUACUUUCAAGUUGUGAAAGGCGGGCAGUUCUGGCGAAAAAUUCCCGAGUGGCAUGAAAAAUAUGGUCCCAUUGUCCGCAUCAGCCCUACAGAACUCCAUAUUAGCGAUCCUGAGUUCUAUGAUACAAUCUACACCACCGAUGAACGUGACAGAGUUUACCUUCGCAAUGCGCUGCCCACGGCACCUUCCGCUACUCACUCCACAGUGGAUCACUUCCUUCAUCAACGACGACGUGCAGCUCUCAGUCCUUUAUUCUCUAAGCUCAACCUUCAGAAAUUCCAUCCUCUUAUACAAUCUCGUGUCGAUAUCAUAGUUAAUCGAAUUAAUACCGAAUACAGAGAAGGAUUUACGUCGGAUUUCAUGGAAGCUGUAAACAGCAUGUUCACCAUCUUGCACUUGUCGGAGCAUUUUCCAAUGUUGGCGUGGAUUAUGAAUUGGGUUUCUGGUCUGCCGUAUAACUUCAUGAAGAAGAUUGUGCCGAAGAAGACGGAGCCCGUUUUAAGUUGGCUCGAGGAUCUUAGAACUGACUUGAGGGCCGUGAUGCAUGGAACGAAGGAGAAGACUGAAACCGCGCAAUCGACAAUAUUUCACGAGAUCCUGAAAUCGGACCUACCCCCCGAGGAGAAAAGCGAGAAACGACUUCAUGAUGAAGCACAAGUGAUUGUUAGUGCUGGAGUUGAGACAACCAAAUGGACGUUGACAGUGGCAAUGUUUCAUCUCCUAGAAAACCCGGAGCUUCUUUCUAAGCUACGAGCUGAGAUCUUUACGGUUUUUCCGGACCUAUCCUCUCCUCCUUCAUUAGCAACACUUGAGAGGUUACCUUACUUGACCGCGAUUGUGCAAGAAGCACUUCGAUGUUCCAUAGGCCUACAAGCACACGGUCCCCGUGUAGCACACAGACCUCUCUCAUACACAGAUCCAACAACAAGACGCACUUACACCAUUCCGGCAGAUACCCCAUUAUCGUGCGCCACGCCCAUGAUUCAUCACAAUGAAUCUAUCUUCCCAUCCGCACGUUCUUUCAUUCCUGAACGAUGGCUUUCAGAUCCUGUCACCGGCGAACCACCCAAGGUCAAACUUGCUUCCGGAGAAGAAAGGCCAUUAACAAAGUACCUAGUCACCUUCUCGAAAGGUAGUAGACAAUGCCUAGGGAUGAAUUUAGCCUAUGCCGAGAUGUAUCUUGGACUGGCUAAUUUUACAAGGAAAUGUGAGUUCGAGUUGUGGGAAACUACACAUGAAGCGGUGGAAACGUGGGCUGAACAUAACGUUCCAAUUCCCAAACCAGGCACUGGGGUCAGAGUCAAAGUUCUCUGA